AUGUCAGAAAAAGCAUUAGACUUAUUUGAACAGAUACAAAUAAAUUUAGACAAUGUGACUAAUAGUAUUGUUUUUAAUGCAUGUGCUCAACUUGCUAAUGAUCGAGCGAAAAGUAUUGGAAAAAAACUUCUUGAUGAAAUGCCUAAUAAUUAUCGAAACGAAAAUAUUGUGUUAACAUCGGCAAUAGAUAUCUUAAUGAAAUUUGGUGAUGUUGAAAGUGCUGGACAAGUUUUUCAAUCAAUUGAAAAGCAACAUAUUAUUGCUUAUGAUGCUCAAGUAAAUGGUUAUAAUUUAAAUGAUGAUUCAUCAAAAUGUUUUAAGAUUCUAAAAUAG